UUCGUCGUCACCUCCACCCCCUCCUCCCCCAUUGCAGUCUCCAUCAUGGAUAGGCGCACACCCUUCACCCUGAGCGUGCUCGCUGGUAGCACAGAUGGCGCCGAGGAAUCUCGGACUCAAAUCCAAGCAAGGCUAAGAGAAUUCGUCUUGGAGUUCCAGCUGGAUAAUGCGUUUAUCUACCGGGAUCAAUUACGGCAGAACGUUCUUGUCAAGCAAUAUUACUGCGAUAUUGACAUCGCUCACUUGAUUUCGUACAACGAAGAGCUGGCACACAAGCUUACGACCGAACCCGCAGACAUCAUCCCCCUUUUCGAAGCAGCUCUUCAGCAAUGUACACAGAGGAUCGUCUACCCCUCCCAAAGAGACAUUCAGCUCCCCACUCACCAGCUCCUUUUGCACUCCUCCGCCACUCACAUCUCGAUUCGGGACCUGAAUGCGACAAAUAUCUCUCAUCUUGUGCGCAUUCCUGGUAUCGUGAUUGGUGCCUCUACGAUCUCCUCCAAGGCAACAAUUGUCCACAUCCGUUGCAAAAAUUGCGACCACAGCGAUAAUCUGUCCGUCGAGGGAGGCUUCGCCGGUCUCUCCCUUCCCAGAAGAUGUGGACGAGAGAGACAGCCUGGCGAGGGCGUCCAGGAACAGUGUCCUCUGGAUCCGUACGUUGUCUCUCAUGACAAAUGCCAGUUCGUCGAUCAGCAGGUUCUCAAACUUCAAGAAGCGCCUGAUCAGGUACCCGUGGGUGAGCUGCCACGACAUGUGCUCAUCUCUGCGGAUCGGUACCUCGCAAACCGGGUCGUACCCGGCUCCCGCUGCACUGUGAUGGGUAUCUUCUCCAUCUAUCAAUCCAAGGGCGCCAAGAAGGAUGCUGCAGUAGCGAUCCGCAACCCAUAUUUGCGUGCUGUUGGUAUCAGCACCGACCUUGACCACACCGUUAAGGGCAAUGCUAUUUUCUCGGAAGAAGAAGAGCAGGAGUUCCUGGAGAUCAGCCGGCGGCCGGAUCUGUACGAUGCUCUUGCUCGGAGCAUUGCGCCUUCCAUCUACGGAAACCUGGACAUCAAAAAGUCCAUUGUGUGUCUGCUCAUGGGUGGCUCGAAGAAAAUUCUCCCUGACGGCAUGAAACUGCGUGGAGACAUUAACGUCCUGCUUCUCGGAGACCCCGGUACCGCAAAGUCCCAGCUGCUCAAGUUCACCGAAAAAGUAUCGCCCAUUGCCAUCUAUACGUCUGGUAAGGGUUCGUCGGCGGCUGGUUUGACUGCAUCUGUGCAGCGAGACGCAGCAACCCGCGAGUUCUACUUGGAAGGAGGUGCCAUGGUUCUGGCCGACGGGGGUGUCGUGUGUAUUGAUGAGUUCGACAAAAUGAGAGACGAAGACCGAGUCGCUAUCCACGAAGCUAUGGAGCAACAGACCAUUUCGAUCGCCAAAGCCGGUAUCACCACUAUUCUCAACUCGAGAACGUCCGUUUUGGCCGCCGCUAACCCCAUCUUCGGCCGCUACGACGAACUGAAAACACCCGGUGAAAACAUUGAUUUCCAGACAACAAUUCUGUCUCGUUUCGAUAUGAUCUUCAUCGUCCGAGACGACCACGAGCGGAGUCGUGAUGAGAGCAUCGCGCGCCACGUCAUGGGUGUACACAUGGGUGGUCGAGGUAUUGAGGAACAAGUCGAGGCAGAAAUUCCCGUCGACACGAUGAAACGAUACAUCAGUUACUGCCGAACCCGCUGUGCCCCUCGCCUCUCCCCCGAAGCUGCCGAGAAACUUUCCUCGCACUUCGUCUCGAUCAGAAAGCAAGUUCACCGUGCCGAGCUCGACGCCAACUCCCGUUCUUCCAUCCCCAUUACGGUUCGUCAGCUAGAGGCUAUUGUCCGUAUUACCGAGUCUCUCGCCAAGUUGAGCCUGUCUCCAAUUGCCACCGAGGCCCACGUCGACGAAGCCAUCCGUCUCUUCCUGGCCUCGACCAUGGAUGCCAUCACGCAAGGUGAGGGCCAAGGCAGCAAGGAGAUGAUGGAAGAAGUCACCAGGGUUGAAGACGAAAUGAAGCGUCGUCUUCCUAUUGGAUGGAGCACCAGUCUUGCCACCUUGCGCCGCGAGUUCGUCGACGGAAGAGGCUACAGCGAACAAGCUCUGAACCGGGCACUCAUGGUCCUUCAGCGCAGGGACACCAUACGUAUUCGCUCGGGAGGCUCACAAGUCUACCGUCACGGGGUGUAAUUUGGUUCUGUCUUCUUGUUCAUUGCUUACUUCUUGAUGAUAUGACGCUCGUACGUGGUAGUGUUUACCUGCAGUCACUAAUAUUGUGGGAUAAUUUCUGGGUUUAUUGUUAGAUUUGACUCUGGCACAGCGGGUUGAACGGUGCGAUGGCGUUCUUGGCAUUGAUGGAUAUACCACAAUAUAUGAAAUGAUCACACUAGUUGGGAAAAGAAAAACACAAUUUCAAUCAAACAUUAAGACCUAGUAUACAUGGAGGCAGUAUCUGCCGUAACUGUCUUAACCCAUACCUCAUCAAUUCACCUCACCAGUGGCCAGGCUUAGGCCUUGAUAAAGUAGUGACUACGCAAAGAAUGCAGUGCAGCGAUGGGCGCCUGGGCCCCUAUCUCGGCGCAACGAAAAAGCAAGACGGGAUAGCCAGACAAGGGUUCGAUUCCAUGCGCACGGUGCCUUCUUAUUGUAUGUAUAGUUUUGGACCGAGGUUUGGUUUCUUUUGAGUUAAAUGACACAUGUUCCUUUGAGGCAAACGCGAUUUGGUUCCCAGGGAUCAGACGGAGUGUGUACGGUGUAAUACAAUUCUCUUCUCA